GUACGGCGGGAGGCUCCCAGUUGCUGGCUUUGGAACUGCGACCACUGGAGCCUGAGCGGGCGCUGCAGCUGGAGCGAGUGGCCAGCGGCGUAGCCCGCCGGCAGCCUACUGGCGGAGCGGGUGCAGGGGGAGCGCGGCGGGCGCAGCGUGGAGCCCCGGAGCGUCCUCUUUCUCUUGGGUGGGCUUGCUCCAGAGGCUGCAGCGUGUCCCGCCGCCACAGCUGACAGGGGCCGCGCGAGGGAGCCUGCGGGGUCGCAGCAGCCACACCUGCGCGGGCGGCCAGCGCGGGGUCCCCGCCGCCCCGCCGUGCACCGAGGACCGGGGAGCGGGCGCGGGUGCAGGCAGGGACCCCGCAGGGCCGCCGCCUCGUACCGCGGCGGCCGCUGGAAAAUGUCUCAGGAGAGGCCCAAGUUCUACAGGCAGGAGCUGAACAAGACGGUCUGGGAGGUGCCCGAGCGUUACCAGAACCUGUCCCCAGUGGGCUCCGGCGCCUAUGGCUCUGUGUGUGCUGCUUUUGACACAAAAACUGGGUUGCGUGUGGCAGUGAAGAAGCUGUCCAGACCAUUUCAGUCCAUCAUUCAUGCCAAAAGGACCUACCGAGAGCUGCGGUUACUUAAACAUAUGAAACAUGAAAAUGUGAUUGGUCUGUUGGACGUCUUUACACCUGCAAGGUCUCUGGAGGAGUUCAGUGAUGUGUAUCUGGUGACCCAUCUCAUGGGGGCAGAUCUGAACAACAUCGUGAAAUGUCAGAAGCUCACGGAUGACCAUGUUCAGUUCCUCAUCUACCAGAUUCUCCGAGGUCUCAAGUACAUACAUUCAGCCGACAUCAUCCACAGGGACCUCAAGCCCAGUAAUCUAGCUGUGAAUGAAGACUGCGAGCUGAAGAUUCUGGAUUUUGGACUGGCUCGGCACACUGAUGACGAAAUGACAGGAUACGUGGCCACCAGGUGGUACAGGGCUCCUGAGAUCAUGCUGAAUUGGAUGCAUUACAACCAGACAGUGGACAUCUGGUCAGUGGGAUGCAUAAUGGCCGAGCUGUUGACUGGAAGAACAUUGUUUCCUGGUACAGACCAUAUUAACCAGCUUCAGCAGAUUAUGCGCCUGACGGGGACACCCCCUGCUUAUCUGAUUAACAGGAUGCCAAGCCAUGAGGCAAGAAACUAUAUUCAGUCAUUGACCCAGAUGCCGAAGAUGAACUUUGCAAAUGUAUUUAUUGGUGCCAAUCCCCUGGCUGUCGACCUGCUGGAGAAGAUGCUUGUGUUGGACUCGGAUAAGAGAAUCACGGCAGCCCAAGCCCUUGCACAUGCCUACUUUGCUCAGUACCAUGAUCCUGAUGAUGAACCAGUGGCCGAUCCUUAUGAUCAGUCCUUUGAAAGCCGGGACCUCCUCAUAGAUGAAUGGAAAAGCUUGACCUAUGACGAGGUCAUCAGCUUUGUGCCAGCACCCCUUGACCAAGAAGAGAUGGAGUCCUGAGCGCCUGGUCCCUGUCCUGUCCACCCACUUCACUGUGAGGGGAAGGGAACUCUCCAAAUCUCAUUCAAGUGCCUCUUGCUGCAAAGACUUCCCCCAUGGUGGAAGGGGUGUGUGUGCACGCAUAGCAUGUGUGUGUGUGUUCGUGUGUGUGCGCGCGCAUGUCUGUCUUUGUGGAAGGAUAGGAGCGUAAUAAGAGCAGUUAUGAUUACAGUGACAUUACAUGGAGUUACAGAUGCCCACAGCAGCCUCCCCUGACUCAGGGAGACAAGGGCUGCCAUCUUGUUAGGGAUGUGUUAAAUGCAAAGUAAAAAUAUUAAAUGCCCCCAAUCCCAGUUAUGCUUUUACCACCCUGGCCUCUCGUGAGGCCGCGCACCUGAGAUUCCGUCCCCGGUGAAGGAAAGCCUUCUGGCCUUGCCCACACACCACAGCGCACAGAGAGGGCUCUGCCUUCUGGCUGCUUCAGGUGUGCAGCAGUCCCCCCAGCCAUGCGUUCAGCCAAAAAGGACCAACCGGCUCUGUCCACGAGCCAAUGAUGAACUUGCUCAGUAUGGUUCUCAGAACUUGACUGCUUAUGUUUGAAACUGUAAAUAUGUCUGUGCCUUAAAAGGAGAGAAGUCAGUGUAGAUAGUUCAAAGACUGCAGCUGCUGAGUUCUGAGCCAAGCAAGUAGCAGGGCAGUGAACGGCCACUGCGAGCCGGAAGUCACCAGGAAGCGCGUGAAGGCGGCCAUGUCUGAGCGCGCGCAGAUGUACAUCCUCCGGCUUCGCUCCCAAGUGUCGCCGUUUCUCUGCUUAUUCCGCACCCUCAGUGCAGAGGUCUCCCGAGUCUAGGCCUCAGUCACACGCAGGUUCCUGCUGUCAGUGUGUGUGCUGUCUCCUAGCAGAGCGAGGCUGUGUCCUGCACGCCCUGCUGUUUGAGCAUGCGCAGCCGCCCGUCCUGUUCUCCGGGAGGCCCUAGGAGGCCCUAGGCCAGGCACGGCCACCCAGGAAGACUUGGGUGGAUCCAGCCCACAUCACCUCAGCUGAUGCAAGGGGCAAGGGACUUCAUCUGCUCUUCAGCCACAGUGCUGUCUUGUGUGGAAUAUGCUUGAUAUUCCAGGUGCUGUUGAUGUGAAAAAGGAGGGGCGGGUGGAUGAGUGCAUUUUCAUUUUUGUCAUCUGAUUUUCAACAAACUGCUUUUGGGGAGCCAUCGUGGAGACAGAUGAUCAGGGAUUUGUCCAGGAGUAUCCCAAACUCUGGCAAACAAGUUGUUCUCUUCACUCCCAUUGCUAAGAAAUGCUGAAAAUCAAAGUGCAAACAUAAACCCUCAUGAGGUCAGAAACUCCUACUGCUAUCUUUCUCUAAAUUUUUUUUUAAUUACAAGGUGUCUUUUCCAGCCCUCUAUGGAAAGGGUCUUCCUGGCAGCUUACCAUUGAUUUUUUGAUCUUGGUUUGGGGAGAAAUAAAUUUUCUCAGAAUUUUGUACAUUGCAGGAAUCCUUUGAGAGUGUGAUUCCUUUUGAUGGGAAGAAAGGGCAAACUAUUUUACUAUUUUGUAUAUUCACCUUUAUAGUUGAAUUGUGCUCAGGGGUGGGGAAGAGUUGCUUUCAUAACUUUCUGAAUUUCAGGCAUUUUGUGCUGAGCGAGGAUCCACAUAUUUAAGCCUUUUGUGUAAUGAGAAAGUGCAGAGCCAAUUCCAGACUUGGCUGUGUGACAGAUCGUAUUUGGGCCACGUCGUCUCCGCUCUCUGUUCGUGCAGUGGUCCACGCACUGCAGAGGGAAGGGAGGACCCGAGUCCGCUGGAGCCCGAGGGACGGAGGUGGGUUGAGGGCGAGCCCCUGGCCGGGACCCCGUCCCCGCGGGAGAGCAGACACCAGGCCUUAGCUCCUUGUGUGCAGCGCCAGCGCUCACCGUCCACAGCAGGGUGGGUUUCGUCGGCGUGCGUGGUGUGAAUGCUGGUGUGAUUGCCCGUCGGGAGGCUGCUGUGAGUACCCUUCUAGAAAGGUCUCUACACAUGACCGUGGACGAGUUAGGAGGCCGCGCCCCGCGUGCCUGGACUCUGAGCCGGAGCCGCGGAAGAGCUCCCCUCUGGUUCUCUGCUAGGGAACCACGGAGGGACGGUGGGAAACACGCUGUUUUAUUUGUAUUCCUGAACCGAGCUGUAAUCAGUUAUAGGAUGUCAGACAAUACCACUGGUUAAAAUAAAGCCUAUUUUUCAAAUUCAGUGAGUUCCUCAAAUUUAUUAUGUUUUUCUCUUGAUUGUUAAUUUAAUAUACAAUAUGGCAUUGUAUCAGUGUUUUUCAACUGUGGCCUGGCACAUAUUUCUGACAGAUCCUACUAUUCCUAAAUUUAAAAAAUAUGUAUAGAGCUCAUUAGUUGUGUAUCUUUGGUGAGUAGUUUGGGCCUUUGAUGUGGAUGGGUAAAGCAAAGAGCAAGCCAGGUAUUAAGUGGCAGGGUUACCAUACUUGGGUGUGAGGGUGGCCCAGGACAGGGUUAGAUCCCACCGCCACCAGUUUUUGUGUAGCCUGCUGAAAAAUGGUUUUUACAUUUUUAAAUGGUUGAAAAAGAUCAAAAGAAGAAUAUUUUUUGCAGCAUGUGAAAAAUAAUGUAAAAUUCAAAUCUCAGUGUCCAUAAAUAAAGACUUAUCAGAACUUAACCACA